UGCUGUUUGGUUGUUGAAAUCCGCGCCAACGUAAUAUGAUCCCGAGAUCUGAAUGAUCUAUAUAUAGGAUUCGUUGCUUAUCACUUGAGGGGUGCCAACUGAAACGUGCCGCCGACCCCUGACCCACAAACCAUAAAACUCAACAACUGAGCUCUCUCGGACACUCGGUUUUGAACGAUGCCAAAGCCUUGUGCAAUGGCCCCCGGUAUCAGAGCGAUAAGGCUAACCAGUGUUAAGCCACUCUAGAGCUGCCGCCUAGUCUCAACAUUUCGCAUAUUUACUCGAAUAUAUAUACUCGUAGAAUUAGUAUCUUACGGCCUGAGCUUCUGCCCAAAAAGUCGCUUUUGGUUGAUGGUUACGUCAAUUCCAAAACCGCGUUCGAGUUCUCGUGCAGUUCAUACCUUGAAUGCUGAGCGAUGAGGUCGUGGCCUGGCCUUUUCUGGCUGCUGACCCUGGCGCUCCUGGCGGAUGGAGGUCGUCGCGAGUCCCAGCUUCGGAUUGGCAAGGCCAUCAAUAUCUUCUUGCGUUAUGGUUAUCUGACCAUUUCCAUGCGGGUGAUACCGCUUAAUGAGAACGUGGAACCAGAACGAUGGAUGUUUAAGGAGCCCACCAAAAAUAUCUACAGGAACUUAAGUGGACUGGCAGAGAGCCAUGAGGACACAACGCCUGGCAUCUUUCAUGGAGACUUCCACUUGGAGUUCUGCGAAAAUCGGAAGCAAUUGUUCCAGGCCUACUUCCGGGAUUUUUCUAUUGAGCGAAUGGACAAACCAUGGGAGGCCUUUUCAGGCGGAUGGUUUCCAGAUAAUGCAGCCAAAAAGCUUGGGAUUAAUACGUCCUAUAUCCAAGGAGACUACUCGUAUGUCUUGGUGAGGGUGGUGCGCUUCAGGGAAACUGGUCGUUUGAAGGCUGAGAUCCCAGUGCAUCAACAAUUGGAACCGGAUGUUAGAUCAAAAAUAGACCAACUGCAAAUCGGAAAUAUAACUUCCGCCGUUCGAUUUAUGGAAGAAGUGGGCACUCACUAUGUAAAUUCAUACACCACAGGGAAUUCACUGUAUCAGGUGUUUGUGUACAGCCGGAAGAACUACAGUAUGAUCAAGGAGCGAAUCAAGAGCAAAGGUCUGAAUGGGCUGUCUAAGUUGGAUCUUUAUAACUACUUUGCGCCCUGGUUUGCCGCACAUCUCGGCCAGAUACGAUCGGCUAGUGCCAACGCCACAGUAGAGCGCUGGGCAAGAAGGAAACUGCAAUACGAGUACUAUGUGGUCAAGUAUGUGACCCUUCUCAAGUUGCACGGGAAUAGUACUCUGUUGCGAUCACUGGACUCGCUGCUGGGCAACGAUGCUAUCCUGCAGUUGGACCUUAAGUCGCUGAGAUCGAUCUUCCGGGAUGAACCGGAAAAGGAGCGCUGGUAUCAUGAGGUUCUCGACAACAAUAUGAAGCUCUGGGAGCUCAACAUGCCUCAGAGCCAUCCCAGCCGAUAGCCGCUUUUACAAUUGCAUACUGUGCGAUAUAUCUGGCAGCCAAGGAUCAAAUAGUUCCUAGAUGCAUAGUUGUAGUUAGGACCUCUAGUGCGUAGUUAAGGUUCUGCCUGUGAUAGUUUUAGGUAGUUUAAUUGGACCGCAGUACAUAUCUGACUUGCAUUUCAGCUGAUUAGACCAUAAGAUCGCCUUAUUGAUGUAAUAGUUUUUUAUACUAUAAUAAUAAUGAUAAAAGUUGAA